AUGACAGGGGAAGGGCGAGGAUUUGAGAUAGCUCAAGGCCGUUUGGGUCCUGGGCGAAUUCACCACUGCAGGCGUUCAAUUGGACUAGCAGAACGAUCACUCGAACUUAUGGUUCAGCGGUCUUUAGAGAGAGUGGCCUUUGGAAAGCGUUUGGCCGAAAAGGUUUGUAGUAGAAGGUUCAAGGUCCUGUUACACGACUGAAUCUGUUAGCCAAACAUGGCAAUUUGAUCCUACUGGUAGGUAAAACGAGUACGCUGGACGAUAACGUUGAGAAAUUUUGUUGCCAACGAGGCUUAGGGACUGGGCAAGGCCAUCAGUAGUAAUACCACUUACCUCAAUAGAUUACACUCGCGAUAAGGAACCCGUCGUAUGGAAGUCUUGUCAUGUACUGCAGUUACUAAAACUGUUGUAUCACUGAUGUUUCUUUAGGGAAUGGUACAGGAGCAGAUCGCUCUGUCAAGAAUUGAAAUUGAACAGGCCAGACUGCUUGUGCUGAAGGCGGCACACACCAUCGAUUGCCAUGGAAACAAGGCUGCAAGAAAACAGGUGGGUAUGUCAGCAGUAUUGGGAGCACAGGGCAACCAGGCGUGUCGGGAAUGUCCCUCGUGUGUUACCCCUUUAUAGUUCUAGUCUACAGUUUAGUGUGACUUAAGUUAGUGACCAAACCGAAAUGAUCUUCCUCAGUUGUUGCAACGUGCGUUCUUCGUUGGGAGCUUAAGCAACGACGACGGCCACGGCGACGAGAACGGCAAAUAAAAAAAAGGAUUUAUAGGGUUUCCUACGGGUCAUGGAAAACCUGGAAAGUCAUGGAAUUUAAGCAUUUCAUUUUCAAGGCCUGGAAAGGCAUGGGAUUUAAUUCUCGGUCCUUGAGAGUCGUGGAACAUUAAAAUUUUUGUUUGAUAGAUUAGUUACUGCCGAUGACAAGGCAAGGACAAUAUAAAAUAGAGAGGAGUGAUUUAACAGCGCGAACGGCAGGCAUUUUGGUGGACACCAGAGUUUGUGUCUGUUGAACUGUUUAAGGUCCAGAAAUACCCUAAAAGAAGGAAAGUCCUAAAAAGGUUUGAAAGUGACAGCUAAACCUAAGAUCUUGGAAAAGUUUUAAAAGGUCAUGGAAAAAGUCAAGGAAUUUGAAGAGCUCAAAAGAGGACGAGCACUGGGUUUAUAAUUAGAUUGGAAAAACAACAUUGUUGCUCGUGCAUCACGCUUUUUUGCACAUUUCUUUGCCGUCGCUACACUGCCACAACCGGUGAAAGUGCCUAAUUUCACGUUUUGUUUAGGACGUGGACGAAGACAACGACUUCCUUGUUCUUUUCCCCCCUGGUGAACCUACCAAAUUCCAGCGGAGAAUUGGCUGAAAAAGAGUGGCACAAGACUGUUUUACAUCGAUUGAGAACUUCACUGUUUAACUCUUGCAGAUUGCUAUGGCAAAGAUCGCAGUUCCUCGCAUGGCCUGUAACGUCAUUGACCGAGCGAUUCAGGUGCAUGGUGGGAAGGGAGUAUCCCAGGAUACACCGCUGGCUUAUUUCUACACAGGAGCUCGGAGUCUGCGCAUUGCUGAUGGCCCGGAUGAGGUUCAUUUGGAGGCAGUGGCUAAACUUGAGCUGAAGGAAGCACUCAAGUCUAAGAUGUAA